CAAAUCAAAAUCUACUUGUCCAUUUUACCUCUCAGUCCGCGAAUUCAAAACCCUAGAUUUCUUCCUUCACUCUGCAAAAAUGUCCGGCCGUGGAAAGGGAGGCAAGGGAUUGGGCAAGGGAGGAGCCAAGCGUCACAGGAAGGUGCUUCGCGACAACAUCCAGGGGAUCACCAAGCCGGCCAUUCGCCGUCUGGCUCGUAGAGGAGGCGUGAAGCGUAUCUCCGGCCUCAUCUACGAGGAGACCAGGGGAGUCCUCAAAAUCUUCCUCGAGAAUGUGAUCAGAGACGCCGUGACCUACACUGAGCACGCUCGGAGGAAGACCGUGACGGCGAUGGACGUCGUCUACGCCCUCAAGAGGCAGGGCAGGACUCUGUACGGUUUCGGAGGCUGGCUUGGUUUCACUUAUUCAGAUUGGAUGUUGAUAGGGAUUAUUGCUCGGUAUCAACAUUGUAUGGUUGUUGUAUUUCGGGCAAUAAAUGGCGCACCCCCUCCCACGUCCACCUCACUUCCAAAUCAAAGUCUACUUUGUCCAUUUUACCUCUCAGUCCGCGAAUUCAAAACCCUAGAUUUCUUCUUUCACUCUGCAAAAAUGUCCGGCCGUGGAAAGGGAGGCAAGGGAUUGGGCAAGGGAGGAGCCAAGCGUCACAGGAAGGUGCUUCGCGACAACAUCCAGGGGAUCACCAAGCCUGCCAUUCGCCGUCUGGCUCGUAGAGGAGGCGUGAAGCGUAUCUCCGGCCUCAUCUACGAGGAGACCAGGGGAGUCCUCAAAAUCUUCCUCGAGAAUGUGAUCAGAGACGCCGUGACCUACACUGAGCACGCUCGGAGGAAGACCGUGACGGCGAUGGACGUCGUCUACGCCCUCAAGAGGCAGGGCAGGACUCUGUACGGUUUCGGAGGCUAGGAUGUUGUGCGGUAUUGGAUGUUCGUCUGUGUAAUUGCAGAUCUGUUCGACUAUUUCCGUUUAAUUUUUAGUCCUGUUUUUUGGUUCUAGGUAGCUAUUGCCUGUUUGGUGAUUGAUAAUUUAGAAGUAAAUGUAAUAUCCUGUUGCAGUUACGCAUCACUAAUACCUGUUCUGAUUUUGUGAAUCAACAUAACGUUAUCUGCUCUCUGAAAA